UUUGACAAUAUACAUUAAACAGAUUCUGGUUUUGACAGUUAUUCGAACCAUAAACAAAUUCUAGCCUUCUUUCACAAGUUUGAGGUUGAACAUGGCGGUUGGUAAAAAUAAAGGCCUCUCGAAGGGCGGUAAAAAGGGUGUUAAGAAGAAGAUUGUUGAUCCCUUCACCCGUAAGGACUGGUAUGAUGUCAAAGCCCCGUCUAUGUUCACGAAGAGGCAAGUGGGAACAACCCUUGUUAACCGUACUCAGGGCACCAAAAUUGCUUCUGAAGGAUUAAAAGGUCGUGUAUUUGAGGUAUCUCUUGCAGAUUUACAAGCUGACACAGAUGCUGAAAGGUCUUUCCGUAAAUUCCGUUUGAUUGCUGAGGAUGUUCAGGGUCGUAAUGUGCUCUGUAAUUUCCAUGGCAUGGACCUCACCACUGACAAGCUCAGAUGGAUGGUAAAGAAAUGGCAAACUUUAAUUGAAGCCAACAUUGAUGUCAAGACCACAGAUGGCUACCUGUUGCGUGUGUUCUGCAUUGGUUUUACCAACAAGGACUCACUUAGCCAGCGCAAGACUUGCUACGCACAGCACACACAGGUUCGUGCCAUCAGAAAGAAGAUGUGUGAAAUCAUCACCAGAGAUGUUGCCAGCUCUGAGCUUAGAGAGGUUGUCAACAAACUGAUCCCAGACUCCAUCGCUAAGGACAUUGAAAAAGCCUGUCACAGCAUCUACCCACUUAGAGAUGUUUGUAUUAGGAAGGUAAAAGUACUGAAGAGGCCGCGUUUCGAAAUCGCAAAACUCAUGGAAUUGCAUGGAGAAGGUGGCGGCGGCAAGCGCGGUGAAGUCGGAGAGAAAGGCGAGCGCCCUGAAGGAUACGAACCUCCAGUACAGGAGAGUGUAUAAGAAUAUACCUUUAAAGUGA